AUGCGUCGCCCCAGCGGGUGCCCCACGGCCCAGCUCUGCAUCCCCCCCCCCGCCGUCCUGGUGAGGAGCUGCCCCGUGAAAACCCGCCCGGAUCCCCGCGGCACCGCCUGCAGCUUCCAGCAGGGCUUCUGUUUGCCUCCCCGCGGCAAUCCCCGCGGGAAUCCCCCCCCCUGCUGCUACACCGGAGUGCCCCUGGGCAGCACCACCUUCGUGAAGCUGGGCGGGCUGGGGCUGGCACAGCCCGCUGUGGAUCCCUGCUGCCAGGAGGUGAACAAGUGCACCACCACAUGUGUGGAUCCCUGCUGCCAGGAGGUGACCAAAUGCACCACCACGUGUGUGGAUCCCUGCUGCCAGGAGGUGACCAAAUGCACCACAACACGUGUGGAUCCCUGCUGCCAGGAGGUGACCAAAUGCACCACCACGUGUGUGGAUCCCUGCUGCAAGGAGGUGACCAAGUGCACCACCACGUGCCAAGAUCCCUGUUGCAAGGAGGUGACUAAAUGCACCACCACGUGCCAAGAUCCCUGCUGCAAGGAAGUGACCAAGUGUGUCACCACGUGCCAAGAUCCCUGCUGCCAGGAGGUGACCAAAUGCACCACCACGUGCCAGGAUUCCUGUUGUAAAGAAGUAACCAAAUGCACCACGACCUGUGUGGAUCCCUGCUGCCAGGAGGUGACCAAGUGUGUCACCACGUGCCAAGAUCCGUGUUGCAAGGAGGUGACCAAGUGCACCACCACGUGCCAGGAUCCCUGCUGUGUGACCAGAUGUGCCACCACGUGCCAAGAUUCAUGUUGUAAGGAAGUAACCAAGUGCACCACCACAUGCCAGGAUCCCUGUUGCAAGGAGGUGACCAAGUGCAUCACCACGUGCCAAGAUCCGUGUUGCAAGGAGGUGACCAAGUGCACCACAACCUGUGUGGAUCCCUGCUGUCAAGAAGUGACCAAGUGUGUCACCACGUGCCAGGAUCCAUGUUGCAAGGAGGUGACCAGAUGUACCACCACGUGCCAAGAUCCCUGUUGUGUGACCAAAUGCACCACCACGUGUGUGGAUCCCUGCUGCCAGGAGGUGACCAAGUGCAUCACCACGUGCCAAGAUCCCUGUUGCAAGGAAGUGACCAGCUGUACCACCACGUGCCAAGACCCCUGCUGCCAGGAAGUAACCAAGUGCACCACCACAUGUCAGGAUCCCUGUUGUCAGGAGGUCACCAAGUGCAUCACCACGUGCCAAGACCCCUGCUGCCAGGAGGUGACCAAGUGUGUCACCACUUGUCAAGACCCCUGUUGCCAGGAGGUGACCAAAUGCACCACCACCUGUGUGGAUCCCUGCUGUCAGGAGGUGACCAAGUGUGUGGAUCCCUGCUGUGAGAGGGUGACCAAGUGCAGCACGAGGUGUGUGGAUCCCUGCUGUGAGAGGGUGACCAAGUGCAUCACCACGUGUGUGGAUCCCUGUUGCCAGGAGGUGACCAAGUGCAUCACCAGAUGUCAAGAUCCAUGUUGUCAAGAGGUGACCAAGUGCAUCACCACAUGCCAAGAUCCCUGCUGCCAGGAGGUGACCAAAUCCAUCACCAGGUGUGUGGAUCCCUGCUGUCAGGAUGUGACCAAGUGCACCACAACCUGUGUGGAUCCCUGCUGUCAGGAUGUGACCAAGUGCACCACAACCUGUGUGGAUCCCUGCUGCCAGGAUGUGACCAAGUGCACCACCAGAUGUGUGGAUCCCUGCUGCCAGGAGGUGACCAAGUGCAUCACCACAUGCCAAGAUCCCUGCUGCCAGGAGGUGACCAAAUGCACCACCACGUGCCAGGAUCCCUGCUGCCAGGAGGUGACCAAAUCUGUCACCAGGUGUGUGGAUCCCUGCUGCCAGGAGGUGACCAAGUGCACCACCAGGUGCCAGGAUCCCUGUUGCAAAGAGGUGACCAAAUGCACCACCACGUGCCAGGAUCCCUGCUGCGUGCCCAGCUGUGCCCCCAGGUGUGUGGAUCCCUGCCGUGGGGGCGUCCAGGCCGUCACCAAGUGCGUGGAGUCCUGUCCCACCCCCUGUGUCACCCAGGUGUCCUGUCCCACCUCCUGUGCCACCCAGGAGUCCUGUGCCACCCCCUGUGCCACCCAGGAGUCCUGUCCUACCCCCUGUGCCACCCAGGUGUCCUGUGCCACCCAGGCCUGCCCCGCCUGUGGCCGGCGCUGCCCCCUCCGCUCCCGCAAAUUCCGGGGGCUCUGA